UAAUCAUUAAUUAAAUUAUAUAUAAUCGCAUGGAAUAAUUGCAUACAAUAUGAGUCGAAAAAGUUCAUGUGCUAGUUCCGAUUUUACAAUCGAAGGGCAUUACAAACAAACCGAUUGCUUUGUACCAAAAAAUACAAGUACCGAAGAAGAUACUAAACCCACAGUGCGUCUAUUGAAAAUUCCAAAAUCAGAAAACGGUGCUUGCGGGUUUCGUUUAACGCGCAGUAAAUGGGAUCCAUAUCCAUGGGUAAGCGCUGUCGACAUCGGCACUCCAGCGAAAGUAUGUGGCUUAAAGGCCGGCGAUUGUAUUUUAGAGGUGAGUGCCAUAAAAAUGCAUAGGAAGUGCAUUACGUUUUAUAUUCACAAAUAA